AGAAAUGAACUAUGAAAGAAUAAAAAAGCCUGAAAUACGCGACCUCCAAACUGUCUUGAACAAUAAAGAAAUAGACACCAACGGCAAAAUAAUAGUGGACCUAAGUGUAUUUAAGGAAGCCGAAAGGUUGUACCAGACGGAAUUAAGUGUAGACGAAAUUAUUGCACUGAAGAGGGUAGUUGAUCUGAUAUGGAAGCGUGCAUCGGAGGAGGAUAAGAAAAGAUGGGAAAUUCUUUCAGAUAAAUUCACAUCUGAAG